CCCGUCGGAAAGGACCGCAAAACGAAAACUAAUUUACAAUGGCUUGCAAUGCACUAAGGGAAUUACCAAUGCUGCAACCAAAACCCAUUACUCACAGCAGCAGUAUAUUAAGGCCGCAGUAUAGAUUGUGCGAUCGCUUUAAAAAUGAAGACGAACGUUUGCAGACAUUUGAUAAUUGGCCACUCAAUUGGCUGGAUAAGAAUAUAUUGGCUGCCACUGGAAUGUUUUAUACAGGCGAUGGUGAUAAAACCAAAUGCUAUUUUUGUGAAAUAAUGAUUGGCAAAUGGGAACUACAAGAUGAUCCUGUGCAAGAACAUUUACGCUGGUCACCCAACUGUCCGCUGUUAAAACGUCGCCUAACCAGUAAUGUACCAAUAAAUAAUAUUACUCUAGACCAGUUAUUACCACCAGCCAAAUACGCCACAUACGAUACUCCACCCAUUCAAUCAUGGAAAACAAGACCAAGUACCGAUUACUCUAUUAAGGCGGUACGUUUACAAACAUUUGUCGACUGGCCACGAAGUAUGAAACAAAAGCCUGCGGAAUUGGCCGAGGCUGGUUUCUAUUAUAUGGGUGUUGGUGACAGUGUAAAAUGUUUCAGCUGUCAGGGCGGUCUUAAAGACUGGGAGGUGGAUGACGAUCCCUGGGAACAACAUGCUUUAUGGAUGGGAGACUGCUGCUCGUAUGUAAAGCUAGUAAAGGGUGAAGCAUUUAUUAAAAAUGUGGUUUGUAAAUUUAAAAAUCCUACACCCAACAAAAUAUUGGCAGAAAGUGGUGAACAAAACCAAUUGAUUAAGGGGGAAGAGACGACAUCAGCACCAUCGAAUGACUAUAAAUCGUGUAAAAUAUGCUUUGACAAAGAAUGCAAUACAGCCUACAUACCAUGUGGUCAUGUUGUGGCCUGUGCUGAGUGCUCCGUCGCAACGAAAGAUUGCCCCCUGUGUCGAGGGCCAAUUCAAAAUAUUGUACGUAUAUAUUUAUCUUGAAAAAAAAAAUAAAACGGCAGAUUCGACGAAAUUUUUUGUAUAUUCAUUUUAUUGGAACAAAUAAAAUUUAAUAAUACGACAAUACGGGCCUAAUUUUGUAAAACGAAACAACAAAAGUUUGAAAGAAAUUGUGUUGAAAAAAAUGGAAAAUUGCUAAAUUAAAUAAAAUAAAGAUUAUACGAUUUCAAUACUUUUCAUUCGAUGUUUUGGUAAAUAUGUAUCUAUGGUAAAUAUUUUAUAAUAAAAAGUUUAUUAAAAUAGUUAAAAAUCAAA